AUGGUCAAGAUAGAGAACAAGAUCCACACAGAUCCAUCAAAGCCAAUGCCAUCUUUAUCUUCAUCAUCAGCAUCAAAUGAUCACAAAAAGAAGUAUAAGGGAGUCAGAAUGAGGAGCUGGGGCUCAUGGGUAUCAGAGAUUAGAGCACCAAACCAGAAAACAAGAAUAUGGUUGGGAUCUUAUUCAACAGCAGAAGCAGCAGCAAGAGCCUAUGAUGCUGCACUUCUAUGCCUUAAAGGCUCCUCUGCCAAUCUCAACUUCCCUCUGAGUUCUUCACAUUACAUUCCUCAAGACACUGUCAUGUCCCCCAAAUCAAUCCAAAGAGUAGCUGCUGCUGCUGCUGCUAAGAGUUUUGUGGACAAUGCUAACACCCUACCUUCCCCUCCUCCUGCUUCCACCUCAUCAUCAUUGGUCUCAUCCCCAUCAAUGUUAUCCUCUCCUCCUGAUCAAAUAGAUGAUGAUGUUUCACUACUGUCAUCCUUUGGGGCCUACCCUAGCUAUGAUCAAGCAAAUGAAUCAAUGGAUAUGAUGGAAUCUUGGUAUGGCUUUGAUGACCUACAAUCCCCAAAAUAUGUUGAUCAUAUGCUAAAUGGGGCAUUGUUUGAUAUUGAUUCAACACAGCUACUUGAUGAUCUGUAUGAAGAAAGUGACAUUCGCUUGUGGAGUUUCUGCUGA